ACCAGAGAGUCCAGAAAUUGCAAUUUUUUAAGGAAAAAAGAAUGAGCACAUGAACUCUGUUUGUGCAUGCAGAGGAUGCUUAAACCUUGAAUAUCCCUUCUCUCUUUGUUAGAUACAUUCUUGAAUUUAAAGGAAACAGUAGGCAGGUUAUAUAAGGUAAUGCAUGAGACAGCAGAGGGAGAGUAAGAGUAUGAGAGCUAGAGAGAUGCUUCUCUUCCUCUGUUUGAAACAAGGGCUGAAAAGGGUCAAAUCUUGUUUCACUGUUUAUCCAGUUUCAAUCUUUGUGGGUACUUGUUCUAUUUGUGCUCGGGUCAUUUACAAGAGGAAAGCAAUUUAGAGAUGGGUGGGCUUAGAUGGGAUAAUUUGUUUUUACUCCUUUCUUUGAUGCUAUUUAAAGCGGCAAAGUAAAGUUUUGACCAUAACAACAAUAAAAUGAAAAAUGCAAACCAAACUAUUUAUAUAAGCUGAUCACAUGGUGGUGAGAGAAAGACAGAAGCAAUGGGCAAAGAUGGCUAUCUUCCUCUCUUUGAAACAAAAGCUGCUAGGGGUCGUAUACUAUUCAAAUGCUAUGCAGCAUCUGUUUUGGUGGGCAUCACUUUUAUCUGUGUUUAUAGGGUGGUUCACUUCCCAGCUGCAGGUGGACAACUACUGAAAAGAUGGGCUUGGAUGGGUUUAUCUUUAGCUGAAUUGUGGUUCAGUUUGUACUGGUUCAUCACUCAAUUCGUUAGAUGGAACCCCAUCUAUCGCUACACCUUCAAAGACAGGCUCUCUCAGAGAUAUGAGAACGCUUUUCCAUACAUAGACAUAUUUGUGUGCACUGCAAAACCAAGAAUAGAGCCACCCAUCAUGGUCAUCAACACCGUUUUAUCAGUCAUGGCUUAUAAUUAUCCAUCACAAAAACUAUGCGUCUAUCUCUCUGAUGAUGGAGGCUCAGACCUGACCUUCUAUGCCUUGUUAGAGGCCUCUCGCUUCUCAAAACAUUGGCUACCAUUUUGCAGGAAGUUCAGUAUAGAACCAAGGUCACCUGCUGCUUAUUUUUCCACAAAUCCCAAACCCCAUGAUAGUAAUCCUCUCAUGGCUCAAGAGCGGUUCUCCAUCAAGAAAUCGUAUGAAGACAUGAAGAAUAGAAUUGAAACCACCACUAGACUGGGCAGGGUUUCAGAAGAAAUAAGAAAGGAGCACAAAGGAUUUCAAGAGUGGAACCAUGUCUCUACACAGUAUAAUCAUCAGUCCAUUGUUCAGAUACUAAUUGAUGGGAGAGAGGACAAGGCUGUGGAUGUUGAAGGCCAAUCCUUGCCAACUCUAGUAUACUUGUCCCGGGAGAAGAGACCCCAAUACCACCACAAUUUUAAAGCUGGAGCUAUGAAUUCACUGAUAAGGGUGUCAUCAAAGAUAAGCAACGGUUCGAUCAUUCUUAAUGUGGACUGUGACAUGUACUCCAACAAUUCAGAAUCGGUGAGAGAUGCUUUGUGCUUUUUCAUGGAUGAACAGAAGGGCCAUGAAAUUGCUUAUGUCCAGUUUCCACCGAGCUAUAAUAAUCUCACUACGAAUGACUUAUAUGGCACCUGCUUUAGGGUGCUUAAUGAGGUGGACCUUCCAGGACUUGAUGCUAAUGGAGGGCCUUGCUAUAUCGGUAGUGGGUGCUUUCACAGGAGAAAGGCACUGUGUGGAAUGAAAUAUAGCGAGGAAUGUGAGAGAGAAUGGAAGAGAGAGACCGACAGAACGGCAAGAGAAAGUGCAAGUGUAUUAGAAGCAUCGUGCAAGGUCCUUGCAAGUUGUAGCUAUGAAGAGAACACCCAAUGGGGAAAAGAGGUUCCUCUAUCUGUCUCAUCAAUGCCAUCGUUUUAUUUUUUCCUUUUUCUUUCUUCGAGUAAGAAACUUCAUGCUUAUGUUGACUUGCAGAUGGGUUUGAAGUAUGGUUGUUCAGUUGAAGAUAUAAUUACAGGAUUAUCAAUACAAUGCAGAGGUUGGAAAUCCAUCAGUUUCAGCCCAGAAAGGAAAGGCUUUGUAGGUGUUGCCCCUACAACACUAUUGCAGUCAUUAAUACAACACAAGAGAUGGUCUGAAGGCAACUUCCAGAUCUUUCUCUCAAGGUACUGCCCCCUCCUAUAUGGGCAUAAAAGGAUUCCUCUCGAGCUUCAAUUCUCAUAUUGUCCCUACCUGCUCUGGGCUCCAAACUGCUUGCCUACACUAUACUAUGUCGCUGUCCCAUCCCUCUGUCUCCUUGGAGGCAUCUCCUUGUUUCCAGAGAUAUCAAGCCUGUGGGCACUGCCCUUUGCCUAUGUCAUCAUUGCCAAGUAUGCAUACAGCUUAGGCGAGUUUCUUUGGUUUGGUGGCACAAUCCAAGGUUGGUGGAAUGAACAGAGGAUAUGGGCGUUGAGAAGGACAACUUCCUACUUCUUUGCCCUCCUUGAUACAAUCUUGAAGCUACUAGGGUUUGCUGAGACCACUUUUGCAGUCACUGCAAAGGUGUCUGAUGAAGAUGUGUCCCGAAGAUACGAGCAAGAAGUUAUGGAGUUUGGCUCUCCUUCACCAAUGUUUACCAUUAUAGCCACACUUGCAAUGCUCAAUCUGUUCAGUUUUGUUUGUUGUGUAAAGAGGGUGUUUGUGGGUAUUCAAAUUAAAACUUUGGAGUCAUUUGCACUGCAGGGUAUCUUAUGUGGGGUUGUUGUUCUCAUCAACCUGCCUGUGUACCAAGGUCUUUUCUUCCGCAAGGACAAGGGCGCCAUGCCAAACUCUGUCACGUACAAAUCGGUUGCUUUAGCACUAUUGGCCUGCUCAAUAGCUUUGUAUCAGUAAGCCAAGUGUCUCUUCACCACACCUCCCUAUGUAUAUCAUGUAACGCUUUGCAGAACUUUUGAUUUAUUGGAAAUUAGAUAUUUAUUUAU